CGCUCGUCCUCUCCCUCUGCCUCACUCUGUCUCUCUCGCUCUGCAGGUGUGAGAAGGAUCCCACACUCUUUCCUCCCUCUCUCUCACUGUCUCUCUGUGUCUCUCUCUCUCUCUCUCUCUCCCUCUCUCCCUCUCUCUCUCUCUCUCCCCCUCUCUCUCUAGCUCUGAGCUGGUGUCUGUUCUGAGUGUCUCUGCGGGGGUUAAAGACUCAGGAUGAACUUUGACGACGUGCUGGUCCGGAUCGGGGGGUUCGGACGUUUCCAGAAGGUUCUGUAUGUGUGGAUCUGUCUGCCGCAGAUCUUCCUGGCCUUCCACAUGCUGGUGUCCGUGUUCACUGGAGCCGUGCCGCCUCACCUGUGCCGUGACUCCCGCCCUGGCGCGCUCAGCUUCAACUUCACCCUCAGCCCGAGCGUGCAGGAGUCCUGCCCCCUGGAGCCCACCAACGGCAGCCUGAGCCCCCACAGCGCCACCUGCAGGGACGGCUGGGAGUUCAGCAAGGACGUCUUCCUCAGCACCGUCGCCACAGAGUUCGGUCUGGUCUGUGAGAACGCCACUCUGAACAACAUCGGCUCCUCUGUAUACAUGUUUGGGCUGCUAGUUGGUGCUGUGCUGUUCGGAGCCUUUGCUGACAGGUUUGGCCGUAGGGUGAUCAUCCUGGUGGCUCUGGCUCUGCAGGCUGUGUUUGGCGUCGGUGCUGCAUUCGCUCCCAACUUCUACAUCUACGUGCUGCUGCGCUUUGUGGUGGGAACGACAAUUUCAGGAGUCAUCAUGAACGCCUUCGUACUGGGUACGGAGUGGACGGGUCCUCGGCACAGGAUGCUGGCAGGUGUUAUAACGGACUAUUUCUUCGGCGUGGGCUACAUCCUGCUGGCUGGACUGGCGUAUCUGAUCCGGGACUGGCGUCACCUCCAGCUCGCCAUCUCCGCCCCCGGCUUCAUCUUCAUCUUCUACAUCUGGGUUCUCCCGAGGUCGGCGCGCUGGCUGAUGGCGAACGGCAGGCAGGAGGAGGCGAUGCAGCUGAUCCAUAAAGCUGCACUGAUGAACGGAAAACCUCUCAAAGAAAGCGACCUGGAGCUCCAGCAGAGCUGCAAACUGGAGCAGAAGCUGCAGAGGAAGCACUCGGUGGUGGACCUGCUGAGAACCCCGCAGAUGAGGAAACAGUCGCUCAUCCUCUUCUAUGUGUGGUUCGUGAACGUGCUGGUCUACUACGGUCUGUCCCUGAACGUGUCCGACUUCGGGAUGAACAUCUACCUGACCCAGCUGAUCUUCGGGCUGGUGGAGAUGCCGGCGCGCACCAUCACGCUCUUCACCCUCAACCGCUCCCGCAAGAUCUCUCAGCUCUCCUUCCUCGCCGUGGGGGGGCUCGCCUGCCUCCUCACCAUCUUCAUCCCCCCAGAGCUGCCUGUGGUUCGCACUGUCCUCGCCAUGUUCGGGAAGUUCGGGAUCACAGCGUCUCUGUCCAUCGUCUACAUCUACUCAGCAGAGGUUUUCCCCACAGUUAUCAGGCAGAGUGGUAUCGGUAUGAGCUCUAUGUGUGCUCGUGCUGGUGGUGUGAUUGCACCCAUCAUCUACCUCCUGAGGCGGGUCAACCUGCACGCUCCCAUGGUGGUUUUCGGCCUAUGUCCACUAGUGGGCGCUGUGCUGACCGCUCUUCUGCCAGAGACGGCCCACAAACCCCUGCCAGACACCAUCGAGGACGUGGAGGGGACCAGGAACAACGCAGAGAGGAAGAAGACUCAGGAGCUCCUGUAGGACCUAAACGCUGAUGACAUCAUCAAGCCCGUGGGGCGUGGACGCCGCGUGUGUCUGACGGACAGCGUUCAGACGGAAGUGUGUUACAGUGUCGCACUGGCGCUGUCCUGCCGGGUACUGGACUCAAUAACUCUCUCACUCCUAAAGGGUCCGUGUUCCACACUUAUAUAUUCUGUCUUCUCUCUGAGCUCCACGGUGAUGUUUGUGUGGUUUUUCAGACUGUUUCCCAAAAUCUCUCUUCCUCCCCUACAACAGGGCCCCCAGUCCCCGUUCUGGGGCCGGGCGCACCAGCAGGUCUUAACUAAGACGGUCUUAACUGCUAAGUUGGUCGCAGCUAAAACCAGUUUUCAGAGCGGAUUUUUACGCCCACUGCACCAGCAAAAGUUACGCCGAGGCUGUAAGACUGCCUUACUGCCUUACUUUUUCAGUGAAGUGAGACAGAAGACACACAAAACCGCCCUAAAGCCUCAGAAAGCCUUAUAAAGUCCCGACAGAUUGGAACAGACUGGGCGUCUCACACUAUCACACUGCUGUUUGGAGAUGAUUUGGGGUGAAUAAAAUAUUAUAUUGUCGGUAAUUUGAUCGUCCACUUUAGAUGCUUUGUAGAUAAUUAGUUUACUUUCAAAUUACAUUCAACAAAAUAUCGACUAAACUGACCAUAAUGUUCUUUAACUCUAAACCUGCUCUAAUCCUGACCUUAACCUCAACCCUAAACCCAACCCUCACCCGGCUCCCACUUUUAAUGUAAGUCAGUGUAAACAGACUUCUUACCAAGCAACUCUGGUUCGUUUCUUUUGGUCCAUUCAUGAAAUUUAGCAGGUUUUUUUCAGAUUAUGCCAAAAACAUGGAAAUACAAGGUUUAGUUAUGACAGCUGUAAAGAUGUGUUGUUUAUUUCUGACCAUAAACAUGAUCCUCAUUCAUGAGUUCUUAAGAAAGGUCCUGAGAACCGACAUGACGUGUUCUUAAAGCGCAGAACGGUUCUCUCCUUCGUGCUCUUGAGUGUGUGUAGGUUCUGUUCUUACCUGAGAACAAACCCCACAUAAGAAACACUGGUGAGUCAGGGUCUUCGUCAGAACUGCGUAAGUGGGUUUAAGAAGAAACGGUCAGUGAACGAGGACCAAUGAUUCCAAAACGGAGUUAGUUUCCAUGUACAGCGCUGUUCGUACUGAGGAGUGGACGGUACGUUAAAGUGGAGCUUUAACAAUGUUUACAAACUACGCCAAAGUGAGAGGUUCAUGUUUCUGUGCUACCAGACCUUUAACGCUUGGACACUGCUGGACAAACGCUGCCCCGCCUCACUGACAGGACUGAUUCACCAGCUGCUGUGUUUUAAUCCAGACUGACUUUAUUAUAUUUACUCAGCGGCUGCUGUGAUUCAGAGUGAUGUGGAAGAUUUUCUGUUAAAGUGACCAUAAAGUGCUGAGACUUCAGUGUUCAUAAAGCCGUGGCGUCGUUGUUGACCCCUGACUGACGGUCAGAGCUGUGAUUAACGUUCUUCGUGUGUUAAUGUGUGUUUUUACGGCUGCUGUUCUGAGUUUCUCAUGGUUAUUCUGUGUUUAGAGUGUUUCAGAGUCUCAGUCUGGUCAGUUUUCUGUCUGAAUCAGGGCCUCAAUUCACUGUGAAGGUAAACACAGUGAAUCUGAUUGGUGGGCUUUAAUGGGCAAAUCUGUGACCUCACAACCGCUCAGUUCAGGAAACCAUUCAGUGUCUCAGGAAAUCUCACUGGUCACUAUGAUUCAGUCUGAUUGACUCGAUUUUGGGCUGAUUCUGAUUCUGUUGGUGGAAUAUAAACAAACAUUUGUUUUUAGUAUUUUUAUGUUAAAAAAAAUUAGAAUUGGAAUUUUAAUUUGGCCAAAAAUAACUUCAAAUACUUUAUACUCACACUCAACUGAGUAUUAGUACAAUAUCUCUUUAUAAUUGAACGGUUUCGCUUUAAAAUUCUGUUUAUCUGUUAUUUGUAUGAUAUACAUAUUUUAUACAUGAUGGAAAAAGAAAAUUCUCAAAAAAUGGUCUUUAAUGAUAAUUAAUUCAUUAUAGUGGGACUGUAGAAUGUAAAUUAAAUGCAUUAAAUUCACUUCAUAAUGACUAAUUAUGCAAUUACACAAAUAUACACAUUGAAAUAGUUGUUAUACAAAUUUAAUGUACAUGAAUUCAGAACAACUAGCCUCAUAAAACACUUUGAAAGUAAAAUUUUAUUUUGGCCUGUAAAGGACUGUAGUGUUACCAGUUUAACUUUCAGACUGAUACGCUUUUACAUUUUCACUGGACCAUCAAUCAAAAGGUGGUACAGCUGUACUUAAGCAGCCGGUAUCUUAUGUUUUUCUUCUGUUUCUGUGUGACUUUUAUCAUCACUCAUUUCUACAUGACUUUUCCAGCCUCUCUUUAUCCCUUAGAAUCAAACAGACCGUUUCAGUUACUGUGCCUUUAAGACGGAUGUAUGUAAAUGAGCUCUGUUCUGAUUGGUUGGCUUGUAUGUGCUUCAUUUAAAAAGCAGUCCAGGCUGAAACACUCCUUAUAACCUCAGCGUGAAUGGGCGGGGCUAAACUACUGUAGGCUGAAUAGGUGGAUGUGUGUAAAUAUGUUGGUUUUGUGACGUCACAGACCCAGUUCAGAACAGGCUAUAUAGUUCCUGUAUAGGCUGUACAGACAGUUUAGGGUCUAUAUCAAAGUAUUUGUUUGCCAAGCAGUGAUGAAGGUUCAGUUUUCUGUGAAAUGGGCCCUUUAAAAUGGAACCGUCAGUUCACAGCUGACUGCUGCCCCCUGCUGGAGAAGCACGUGCUGGAAUAUCACAGGGCUGAUUCACUACACGUCUGUAUCUGACCUGCGCUCAGUGUUUAUAUCUCUGACUGUUUUAAUUAUUACAGUCUUUAAAAACAGUGAAAUUAUUUGAGUGUUUGUUUCUGUGAACUUGAAUAAAAAUAAAUCUUGUAAAUUUGUUGACAGUUUUAUUCUGCAGUGAUGUGUUUUUAUAAUAAAUUCUGUUUUUCUACCACAA